ACAAGAGUUUAAUGGCAACAAAUAUACAUACGAGAGUAAUCACGACUUUUUGAAAUUCGUUUCCUUAAUUAAAAAAACGCGUUACCAUUAAUCAUUCUUUUGAAUAAUAACACACAACACCCGUCGGUCGGUGUAUAUAUCUGUCUCCUCUUCUUCACAAACAAAAAAAAAAUCGAUUCGAAUUCUCAAAAUCUCUCUCUCAGAGGCAUUUCGUCGAACACAUGGGAGACAGACAACAACCAGUGCCAUACCUCAACGGCGGAUACUACGGCUACGGGCCACCCAUUCCUCCGCCGACGCCUAAACCCAAACGCCGAUUCAAACCCCCCGGAGGCUGCUGCUGCCUCAGCUGCAUCGGCAGCUGCAUCGGAAGCUGUCUAAAAUGCUGCGGCUGCUGCAUCCUAAGCCUGAUCUGGAACGUCCUCAUCGCCGUCGCCGUCAUCCUCGCCGUAACCGCCCUGAUCCUCUGGCUGGUCUUCCGCCCCAACGCCGUCAAAUUCUACGUCGCCGACGCCAAUCUGAACCGUUUCAACCUCGAUUCGAACGACAGCAACCUCCACUACGAUCUCGACCUCAAUUUCACGAUCCGGAACCCUAACCAGCGUCUCGGCGUCUUCUACGACGCGAUGCAGGUGAGCGGAUACUACGGAGACCAGCGGUUCGGCUCCGUCGACAUCGCGCCGUUCUACCAGGAGGAGAAGAACACGGCGGUGGUUGCGGCGAAGAUGGAGGGGCAGAACUUGGUGGUGCUCGGGGACGGAGCGAGGGCGGAUCUGAAGGAGGAUGACGUGGCGGGAGUGUACCGGAUCAGUGUGAGGCUGGCGAUGAGCGUUCGGUUUAAGUUUUGGGUGGUUAAGUCGUGGAAAGUUAAACCGAAGAUUAGGUGUGAUGAUCUCAAGGUCCCUCUCGGUUCCUCUAAUUCGUCCAGCGGGUUUAAGUUUCAAACUGUGCAGUGUGACUUUGACUUUCGUUAGUCAAACUUCCAGUUUUUAUGAAUUAUUUUCAUGUUUUUUUUUUCUAUUCUAGACUUCUAAUAUUCACUUCUAAAAUAUGAAUGUUGGCAAAGAAUAUUGGUGUUGGUGGAAUUGAAGAUGCAUUCUUGUUUUAUUUGUU